AUGAUGCCACUGGCGGAAGCAGGCGCCCUGGCCCAAGGAGGGGGCCCUUGCACGGGGUGGGCCUGCACGCUGCGGAGGGAGAGCCCCAGGCACAAGCCGCCUCCCCUGCUAAAGGCAGAGCAUCCAGAAGCAGCAGCCAGACUUCCGCUGUCCUCAAAGACAGGAAAAGAGGAUGCUUCAGGCAGAAAGAGCAGCACAAGCUCAAAUUUGGAAACCCUAGGUGCCUAUGGUUUGAGGGAGGAAGGGGGGCACCCCCUCCAUCCCAGACAUGGGAAAGCAGGUAAACACCGUGGCAUGCUCGGUCGGGCAGGGGUGGGGCAGGAGGAGAAUCCUGGGGCUCCAGCUCUCAGCAGUUUAAAAUUCCUUCCAGGCCAGAUCCCUAAUCCCUCGGUGUACAAUGGCGGCCUUCUCCCCCGCCGCCCGCGCCCACGCCCUCCCCGGCGGGCCGUGGCAGUGCCACCACCGGCCUCUUUAAGCCCCUUUGAAGCCGCCAGAGCCCCGCGCCGCGGGAGGCCCCGCCGCUAUGCCAGCUAUGCCAGCUAUGUCCCCGCCGCUCGGCUGGCACAAGCGGCCCCACUCCUCCACCGCUCUGACGUCUCUGACUUUUUUCCUAUCGCUGUCCGAGGCCUGUUGCCCGGCUCUGAUUCCUUGGGACAUUUGGGGUUUGGAGGUCUCGGCCUGGCCCGCUGCGUUCGCCUCGCUGGCUUCCAGCCCACCUGCGCGCCAGGGCGGGCGCGGGGCGGGCGCAGACACCGCGCGGGCCCGGGAGGCUCAGCCCCGCCGGCCCGCGCGCCACUGUCCGCCGCCGCGCCACGGGCCGGGCAGGUGACUCGCUGGGGGCGGCGCCGGCGCCUCCUGCGGCCGGAGUGCGUUCUCCGCGGCCUCUGCCGCCCUCUGCGUCCCCACCCGGGCUUCCGAGAGUGUGACUCAGGGCGCGCCGGCACCGCUUCACCUCCUCCAACACACCCGGAGCGCACGCGGAGAAACGACAGCAUUGCAGGGGCACGGCUAAUGCGCUCUAAUGACCCACCUCCGCUGUCAUCCGCGGCUCUGGCUCCAAGGCGCUGGGCCAACGCGCCUGCCCUAAUGGGGCCGCCCCUCCUGGGCCCCGAAACCCGCCCUGCACCACCCUCCCCGGGCCGGGUCCCCAGGACCACUAGCUGCCUCCUCCAGCCGCCCUCCGAGACUGCCCCUCAGCCCCAAGAGACAGCUACGAGGCCUAAUCACCUGAGGCUGGAGGAAGAGCAGGACUUGAGGACUUGGGGAAGCCCGCUGCUCCCCCCACACACGUAAACACACACACAACCUAUGGUCCUUGCAGGUGUCUGCUAGGAGAGACCCGGAGCAUGGCGAGGGGGCAGGAAGCUAUUUCCUUGACCGCAAUACUGAGGCCUACUGGAAACACUGGGAGGGCUGGGGUGUGCGCGCAGGGCACCAAACACUAUCCCCAUUUUGCACUUGAGGCAGGGAGAAGUGGAGGCUCUCAGGAAAAGCCACCCAGCCAGAACUUCCAGAUCAGCUCAUUUAACAGUGGCGGUGGCACUUUGCGACAGAGCACCGUGGGCUCCUUCCCCUGGCAGGGCAAUUACCUUUCUGCAAAGAAAAGCGAUGCCCCCCAUCACAGACCUGGAACGCCCACCAGCUGGCCAGCUGUGGCCUCUUGGUCACAAGGGAGCUGGUGAGGAAUGGGGUGGCUCAGGUGCGCCAUCCCAGGAAGGGUUCGAGAAGACCUGAAGACACAGGAGCCAGGCCUAGAAGGGUAACUUGGCCAUCAGCUUCUUCACUCUGACCAGGCUCAGGUCUCUCCCUGUCAGGAAUUCUUUCCUGAUGGCCCAGGGGGUUGCACACUCAUGGUCUGGGGCCAGGUUUAAUCUUCAGUGAGGUUUGCUUGGCUUGCAGUGAGC